AUGAGGGCCUGGCAGUGGCUGUUGCUAACGACGGGCCUUUUCUUCAUCGUUUGGUAUUUCACCUGGCCCUCGGCUGGCGUAGAGACCAAGGUGGCCACAACCCACGACUCGCGAGAGGAACACAGCUCUCAAGACGCACCUUCCCUUCAGCAGCCCUCGUCUCUCUCACCAGCUGGCGAGAUCCCGGUCGUGAGCAUCACCUUCGGCGAGUGCAAGGGCGACUACCUGUCCGUCGCGCUGAAAGAGCUGACCAAGCGCAACGGCAACGUGGUGGUCCUGGGCGACAGCGAGUCCUGCGCGCUGCUGGCCCGCCAGACCGGAACCAAGUUCAUCUCUCGCAAGCCCUACUCCAAAGAAGGCGAUGCCUUCCGGGAGGUGCUCGCCAACACCACUGCCGUGAUCGUCUUCAAGGCCUCCUUUGCCCACGUGGAGCCCGAGAAGCGACCCUGCUGGGGCUUCCAGGCCGUCGAGGGUUCGGAGGAGUGUGCCGAGGUGUGGGAGAGGCUGUGCAACCCCAAGGUGCUGGACAAGGCGCGCGAGAGGAACCGGCGGCCCAAGUACACACCCGGCAGCCUGGCCCUGCCACGCCACGGGAUGAUGUGGGACAACAACUUGGACAUGGACGACGAGUGGGGUCUCUUCGCCACCGUGCCCGGCAGCACCUACAAGCAGAUCGAGUGGCGAGACGGAGACCAGCCCUUCUACAUCUUCAACGAGCAGGCCAACGUGGGCCAGAGCUUUGGGCGGGCAGAGGGCCUGCCCGAACCGGCGGUGCUGGCGGGCCUGCACUUCCAGGGCGGCAAGAAGUCCAUGCUUCCCUCCUACACCACGUGGGACACCGAGUGGAACCGGCGGUGCCGGUGCUCCACCCCCGACUGCCGCAACUGUGUGGUGUCUUCUUCCACACGAUCGUCGUGA